AUGGAGAAAGUGUUGGGCCAGACCUUAAGAGUAAAAUACAAUGGGCAGGGAACAGUUAUACCAACUACUCAUCUUGACAAUCAACCUCUGUUAAGUGACAUUAGCGAAGAGUUAGAUAGCCUAGACGAUUUAUUGGAGGAAUUGGAGUUUGAAAAAGAACAUUUAGAGGAGUACGAGACCUAUUAUUCGGAAGAAGUAGAGUUAGAUAAAGAGAAAGAAGAAAUAGUAAUUAAAGACAACAACCCGGCCGUCUACUUAACCGAAGUGGACCCUAUCAGUUUAAGAAUAGGGAGUAGUUUAGAUCAACUAGACGAAAAAAAUAGAGUAGUAAUUAGAACUUUAUUAGAUAUUAAUGAGAAUAUUUUCGCAGAAGAUAUAGCCGAAGAAGUACCGCCAAACUGGUUAAGCAGAUCUACUACCGUACCUCCAAGGAUGAGCAAAAAUUCUUGCUUAAAGAAAUUACAGCAAUGGAGGAGAAGAGUGUUGGCUAGUAAGAAACACAACAACGCUGACAUGUUGUCAAGACUUCAUGACCUCAAAAAUGAAGUAGAAGUAAAGGCAUUAGAUACUACUCAAGAAAAAGCAAGAAAUGAAAUGACAGGUGGUCCUCCUCCGCGAAUGGUUACUAGAGAAUUAAAUGAAGUGGUUAAUUUAAUAGGUGAAAUUAAAUCAGAAGAACAAGAAAAAGAGGUCCAAGUCUGCAUGGUAAAUGCAAUUUAUGAACCGAUGUCACCUAUCCAUGAAGUAGCUACACCUCAAAAUAGUAGUGACGAGGAAGAGUCACUCAGAAGAAACAUAGCCCUACUAAUUGAGAAUAGGUCCGAAUUUGUACCCAUAAUGGUCUUUGAACUGAUAAGCUCAAGACGUUGCAGGAGAUUAGUAUUUGCUAAAACCUGUAUGGAUAAUGGGCACAAGUACUUUUUAUAUGUGCACCUAACUUUAGGCACACAUUAUGCCGCAAGACAACUCAACCUUAGACAAGCUGUAUAUCACAUAGAAUUUCUCACCUUUCCAUUAAUCGCCAAUGAUCCUGAGGAUUUAAUUAUCUUGCAACAAUGGGUUGCAGAAGGUGCUGAAGAAGCAGGGUUGGAUGUAAAUAAAAUCCAACAUAGUAGCCUCAAUGCCAAGACAAUUGAAAACCUAAUAGCCAACACCAUAGAUUAA